AUGGAUCAACAGGAUCUAGCAGAUCGUAUGGAUACUUCCAGGGUUACAAUUAGUCGCUACGAAAGUGGAAUUAGAAAAGCUAAUCAGGAUUUUCUAUUCAAAUUGGCUAACACAUUUAAUGUAAGUGUUGAUUAUUUUUUUCCUAAAGUUAAUAAUCUAAAACCAAUAAACACUAGUGAAAUGCGUCAGGUUCCUUUAGUUGGAACGAUAGCCUGUGGCUCUCCAUUAUUGGCAGAGCAAAAUAUUGAAGAAUAUGUUCCUAUAUCAAUGGAGCCAACACUAUCUGAUGGUGAUAUUGUAUUUGUUAAAAAGACUUCUGAAGUUGAAGAUGGAGAAAUAGCUGCUGUUCUAAUUAACAACGAUGAAUCUGCAACUUUAAAAAGAAUUAACAUGUUAAUAAUCAG